GAAACAAUGAGGCCUUUGGUGAUUGUGCGGGAUCCACCCCCAGCUUCCCAGUGUGUCCCCUCUGCGGGCUGGAUCCGGGUGGCUGCUUGGGGGUGGGGCAGGGGGCCCUGAAUGGGCCCCUUGUCUCAGCCCUGGGUGUGGGCCAGGCUUCCCGGGCACACAGUGCCCUCGCCAGGCUUGGCCAGCCUCUGUGGCUUCCACCCCCAGCUGGCUGAGGACGGUGCCCUGCGAGUGAGCAGGCCCCUCCCAGGCAGCCUCAGCUGGGCUCCCAUCCCGGGCCCUAGAGGCAGGUAGGGAUAAGGAUCCCAUCUAGUGGGGAAGAAGGGAAAAGCAGCUGCCUCAGCCUCGGGAGGACCCUGUCCCCAGACCAGAGAGGACCCUUAGAGAGCUGGAUACUGGAGGCCGACCUGAGUUGGACUCCCCACACUACAGCUCCCUAUUAUUAUGACCUUGGGCAGGUUCUCUGGUUUCUCUGAAUCCUUGUGGGUAAAAUGGCACUGACAAACCUACCUGAGGGCUGCUGUGAGAAUUGUAGGACAUCAUAUACAGAAAAUGCCCAGCGAGUACCAGGUGCUCCAUAAAUGUCAGUUUCCCUUCCCUGUCUCUGGAGGAAGAAGGGCUGAGGGCACAGGAAUUGGCCUGGAAGGGCCUCGGGGGUUGGGGUCAAGGCCAGGCAGGCUCUCACAAUGGGCUAGAACUCUCCCUCACUCUGGGUUCUCAUUCACUUUGACUCCUCUCCCUGUCCCAGGGAGGGGAGGGAAGGCCUAGGAUGAAUCGUCAGGGGGAGCUUUCCCCCUAGAUUCUCUAUUUCUUUCUUCACUGCUGCACUUGAAGUUCCCAAGAGACCCCUUAGGUAGCAGCCACUGGCCUGCAGCUUGUCCCCCACCCCCCAUACCAAAUGCUAGUUUUGCCCCCUACUUGGGACUCGUGAAUUGGGAGAAAUGGCUAUAGUCAUACGGUUCUUCCGAUGGGUUUGGCUAAAGAUUUCUUACGUGGUGAGUUUCCUCCCUCAUAACGUGCUGGGGUGGGAAGUGCUGGUCAAUGACUUCUAGGUCACAGAAACACCCCCUCUACCUGGCCUCCCUCCCCUUCUGGCUUCCUGGGGUCAAACAAGACAGGCAGAGAGAAGUGAGGGGUGGGACAGUCAGGGAGGAGGCCAGGACACACACUGUCCCAUCCCUUCCGUGCCUUUCCUUCUUCUAACUGUUGUCUCCACUCUGGCCCUUUCUCCUGUCCUUCCUCUCCCUUCUUGGUUCUUAGGUAUUUUUCUGGAAGCACAAAACUAAGUCAGCCAUCUCGGAACACCCUGACUCCAAGAAAAAGGCGUGGAAGAUGGAGAAGGCUCCCAGUGUGGUUGAGACUUUCAAGUUGGUUGAGCCCCCUAAAGAGGCUAAGGCCUCCAAGAUGGAAGUGUUACUCAAGGUGGCCGAUCCCUGCGUAUUGGCCAAGACAGCAGAUGGGUCUAAAGUGGAGCCGGGCCGUGGGGGCCGGUCCCUGUUGCAGCUGCCCCAGACAGCUGUCAAAUCUGUCUCCACCCUCAUGGUCUCGGCCCUCCAGUCUGGCUGGCAAAUGUGCAGCUGGAAGAGUCAGAAGGGGACAAGAGGAAAGGCAGGAAGACCCACUGGAGGUGUUGCAGUUGACGCUGAGAGAGGAGGAUAUUCUGGACUGGGGGAGAGGCAUCAGUCAUCUGUGAGUUCUACCUCAGUUCCCUCCGAAAUAAGGACUGGGUCCCCUUUGCAGUCACCGGAAGCUGAGAUGCUGCGGGAAGUGUAUCUGGUGCUGUGGGCCAUUCGGAAACAACUACGGCAGCUGGCCCGCAGGCAUGAGAGGCGCAGACGGCGCCACAUCUGUGCCCACACUAGCCCCAAGCCUGAACCAGUUCAGGGCCUGAAACAGGAUGCCCGGAGUCCCCUCUAGGGGGGAACCCCACAUCCUUCGAAAGCCCCCACCUCACUCUUAGGUAAGGUUGAUAGGAGAGGCUAGGGCUGCAGGCCAGGAGUUGUGGGCGAGGAGACAUUUUCAUACCGUCACCCCUCAUCAGGAGCCCAGGGCCAG